CAGCCACCAAAGUGUCAAACGUUGCCAUUAGUGUCCAUUGCUGGAUGGAAAACACGGAUUUCAAUCCGGAAUCCAAUAAACUUUAACCGGAUCGAAAUCGGUCUACUGACGUGACGAGAAAAUUCUGUGAAGUGAAGGUGAAUGUAAAAUUUUCUUGACACCAAAAACUGAAAUAGCAUCUGGCAAUCACUUUGGUGUCCGGUGGCCACACACGGAGCGGAUAGGACGUUGCCCUUUGAAAAAGGUUCAGUGGUUCGUCGGAUUUGACAUUACGGGAAAACGAUCGGAAAGUAACCAGAAUUUCUGUUCCGUAUGGUACCAAUAGUGUUUUGUGUUCCAGUCAGGUCGUGCUCCUACGCGGCAACAAAACGAGAGUUUUCCCAUAGGAAAAUGAGAUCCAUAUUUUCACUGUUGGUGUGCAGCGGGCAAUAGGGUGGCAGUUUGGGUCCAGAAACACGCACGAGAAGAGAUUGGAUUAUCAGACGAAUUAUUGAGUACUGUAUCGGAUUGGAUAUUUGUGAAAAGGCUGUGUAGGAGGUUUUGGAAGAAAAAGCAAUCAAAAUGCGGGGAGUGCAGUGUGAUAAAAUUUGUGAUUAGUGAUUAACGGAAAGGACAGGAUUUUAAUUCUUUAACUGUAGUGGUAGAAAUAGAUAACCUUGAUGUUGGAAAGCAUCCUGGAACCUACAGUAGAGACAUUUUGAUCAUUGCAAUAGGGGAUCAAAGUUAGAUUUAUGCGAUGUUUAUUUGUUGUUUGUUGCAACAAAGGCUAGACCGAAUAUGCACACGGAAUAGGUUGCAAGUGGAUGAAUAUGUGUGAGAUACCCCCAGAACGUGUUACACUAUCGUAAUUGCGCGCUGGCGAGAGCCUGUUUUGGUGAGUGUGCAUCGUGAUUUGUGCUCUCCCCAACCCCCGUUUCAAAUGACCCUGCCCACAUUCAGUGUGCGCCAGCUGGAUACAAUGUGACUGUAUAAGCGUUGGCGUAUGUUACGAUUGAUGUAAAUAAAGAACAUACGGAAUGGAACGCAACGUUCGUGUGAUUUUAAUCGUUAGAAAAAAUACACAACUGAGUGUAGUGCAUUAUUUGUUACAAUGUAUUGCAACUGAAACUCUCCAGAAGCAAUAACACUAUCCAGUGAAAGAUGGUGAUACACACUUGUUGAGUUUAUUCCUCUUUGUUCGUGAUUUGAGCACCUUGCAUCGUCAUCCGGUCGUGGCCAUGCCAUUGCGAAAAUAUCGACCGAUAGUAACAACGACGUCCGCCAGCAGUAGCAGCAGCAGCAGCAGCAGUGGAAGCAACAGCAGCAAUCUGACCGUUUCGAACGUGACACCAAAGAUAUCGACCCUGGCAGGCGCCACCAGUCUAAUCCCUGGUGUUCAAUUCCCUCACCACCAUCAAAACUACCAACGAGCUGCUACUCCUCAGCGGAUCGUUCAUCAUCAUCACCAUCACGCUGCCAAUUGUAAUUUGAAUCUUAUCACGACAGCCGCUGCCGGAACCUACCAACCGGUAGCAGCGCUUCCGCCUCCUCUGCCACCACCACCAGCAGCAACACAUUCUUCAAUAUCUCAUCAACUGCAUCAUCGGGCAAUCGCGACACCUCCGAUUUUGGAUCCGCUUCCACUCUGUCUGGACGCGAAUGGAACGUAUCUGUGCACUGCUUAUAAUCCAAGAUGCUACAUAAUACAAAAGUUAACGCCUACACCAGUGAGUUGCAUUGCGUACGAGCUAACCUCGGUGACUCCCUUUACGACUGUCCCAGCAAGCAGCUCAGCUAACAAUGUUAGUCCCGCUUGUAUCGAGGAAAUAGUUGAAUAUCCAAAGCCGCAGUCCUCUACAGUGAACUUUAUUCAUCACCAUCAACCGCAACAACCUGUACAGCUUGUGCAAUACGUCGACAGUGCCAUUAGUAGUACCACUAGUCCCAAUGUGAUAACAGCCUUCGGUGGUACCGGUAGUGGAAGCGUUAGUUCCGGCAACCCUACCGCAUCGAACACUACUUCCAGCAGGCAUAACGAACUGUUAAGCGUGAUUGAAGCAAUUGGAGCUGGAGCAAACAACGGCGGAGAAGCAAUAUCAAUGGCUACUCCCGUUCCGAGCUUUGCCUUUAUCGGGAAUUCUGGUCAUUCCGCAAGUUCCGCAACAGGUGUUGAAAUGAGUAGUGUAACUAAAGUGCAGACCAUGCUACAACCAACAACGAUUGCCAUCAGCACCUCGACGAAUCCUGUUUAUACAGCAGCCACGGUGAAACCCGUCACUGCAGCGACAGGAGGUUAUGUGCUAAUGAAUGGGGAUGCUGGAAAAAUGCCCACAGCCGCCACGGUUUAUCCAACGGGUGCCGAAGCCAUCAUUACCGGUGGAAUGGCUGGACUAACGUUGGUUGGGCCACAUCCUCCACAAGCCACACAUAUUACACUGGGACCGGCCGGUGUAGUUCCGGGUAUGACGGCCGUUCCUGCGGCCGUUGCUGUUGCCACCGAUUAUACCGGUAUGAACGGAUCUAUCAACACAGCCAACAACAAUAACACAAGCAGUACUAAUAGCAACAGCAGUAGUAAUAGCAACAUUAUACUAUCGAAUGAACCAGUCGCCGGCGAUUACUAUGCGGUCACCACCCAAACAACAGACAAUAGUGCUUCACUUCCCACUUCUACGGUUACCACAAACAAUAACAAUAGCAAUCAGUGCAGUAUAAUUACGAGCAACAACAAUAACAUUAGCAACAAUGUUAGCAGCAGCACACAGACAACGGUUGGUGGUGGCGGUGGAUCGGCUAUGGGCAGUGUUGUCCAUGGUGGUAACGCAGGAGGUGCUAUCGCCGCAGCUAAUGUGACCACAAUCACCAGUGAUACUGGCAAUACCGAAUACAGUGGUAUGCCUUUAGAGCAGCUGAAGCAACAGCUACAAACGCAGCUCGAUUACUAUUUUUCGAGAGAAAAUUUAGCCAACGACACAUAUCUGCUAUCCCAAAUGGACAAUGAUCAGUACGUGCCCAUCUGGACAGUGGCAAAUUUCAACCUGGUGAAAAAACUCACCAAAGAUAUUAAGCUCAUUACUGAGGUGCUGCGCGAGUCACCGAAUGUACAAGUCGACGAAGAAGGCCUAAAGGUCCGGCCAAAUCAUAAACGAUGUAUUGUAAUUUUGCGGGAAAUACCAGACAACACACCGAUCGAGGAAGUUAAGAAUAUAUUCCAAAGCGAAAACUGUCCCCGAUUCAUUUCGUGUGAGUUUGCUCACAACAAUUCCUGGUACAUCACGUUCGAAUCCGAUGAAGAUGCACAACAAGCUUUCCGGUAUCUACGUGAAGAGGUUAAAGAAUUUCAGGGAAAACCAAUCAUGGCCCGUAUAAAAGCCAAACCAAUGAACAGGCUUCCGAUAGCUGCUGGAGUUCCACUCAAGAACGGAUUUCGAACGACCCCUCCGCCGGCUGCCGCAGCAGCUGUAACCGUGCCCCCGGGGGCCGCCGGUCCUUCUGCGGCCGCUGCUGCUGCCGCUGCCGCAGCUGCAGCAGCGGCAGCCGUUUACGAUCCUACACAGGCAGCAGCUGCCGCAGCCGCUUUUCCCGGGCAACAGCGUUACAUCACGCUGCCCCACAAUCCAGGAGCGAUACCGCAAGGCACCGCGGUACCGGCAUAUAAUGCACCAGUACACAUGUUUCCAUUCCAACAGCAAUUUUAUCCAAGCAUAAUGCAACCGUGGCCAGCAGCGCCGCCUCCGGCUCAUCAAAGCUACUAUGAUCUUAGCACGUUUGUAACCAGCAAUGGGCUUUCACCCCAGGUAACGUUUGCCACCACAGGAGCCAAGCAGCAGAACGGUCGAUAUAAUAUGCAAGCUGGAGUAGGGGCACAUCGUGGUAACAUUCGCGCCAAAAGACAGCUUAAUCCGACGAUACCGACGGGUAGCAAUGAGCACAGAUCGGGUGGUGCCAACAGUGGUGGUGGCGGUGGCGGAGGUGCGAACAUUUCCGGUGGUCAGCAACCGUUAGGGUUGGGAGGUAACGAUAGUGCCCCUCCUACCACCCAUCGAGUAGCGAAUCAACAACCACACUAUGUUCAACAGGCUGCUCAGCCACAACAGCAAACACAAUCACACUACCAACUGCCACCGGGAGGAGGUGGCGGCAAAAACUCCUCUCUAUUGGGACAUGGAGGAAAAACCUAUCAUAAAGAUGCAACAAUAGUGCCACAUUAUCAGCAUUACCAGCCCCAGCAACAGCAUUACAGCAAUCAUCCGCAAUCACAUCACCAUCACCAUCAGCAACAACAGCAGUCAAUGCCACAGCAGCAGCCACAAUGUGAUGAGACUGCUGGAAAUGCUUCAAACACUGUUACUAUGCGGUCUACUAACAGUAGCACUGAUCACUAUCAAUCAACCGACGAUAGCAGUGGAUACAGUAGUCUCCCUUACAACAGCGGGCGGAACAAAAAUCUAGACAGUCAACAGCAACAGCCUACGGGUCCAUGGGCAUCGAAUCAAUCUCGACGACACACUCGACGAAGAAAAGAUGAGAUGGACGGUGGUGCUGUUGGUGGUAGCAGCUUGUACAGUAGCAGCGGCGGAAGUGUUCGAUCUAGUAAUAUGAGCUAUAAUAGUAAUAGUCUUAGCAGUAGUAUCAAUAAUGGUGCAAAUUCCAAUGUUAAAAUAAUGAACACAACUAGUCUCAAUCAAUUGAUACCGUCUUCUGGCGGUCCUCCGCAUGGGCGUGGUUCACGGGGAAGUCUCGGAGGCAAUGGAGAAAAUCUUCAUGGUACAGCUUCGGGAAACGUGAUUGCGUCGAUGGGUGGCGAAGCUGGCGGCGGUGGUAGUCAUCAUCAUCACCACGGCAAUAACAGUGGUGGAGGUGUUGGGGGCUAUCAUCCUCAUCAUCAUCGGAGUGCGAUAGCUUCUGGUUUUCACCAGCAGCACCUGCACCAUCACCACCAACCACAGCAUCAGCAGCAGCAGUCGCACUUGCAGCAAUCUUCCAACAACGGCAGCAGUAACUCCAGUGCCCAGCAGCAGCAGAAUGCCCCCAGCACCACUCAAUCGACGCAAUUCGACCUUGAACCAGCUGCAUUUCCGCCCCUUCCCGGCCACGAUGAUAACACCAGUAACUCCGGCAGCGGCGGUGGUCGCAACAAGCACCACCAUUCCCGCGAUCACCAACAGCAACAACAACAAUUGCACCAUCCUCACGGCAAUCAAUCGAACACUGCCGCUGCUACGUCCACCGGUGGUAACCAAGGUUCCUCUACUGACUACUCGUCCUCAUAUGGUGGAAGCGGUGUGUCUGAGACGUCCACACAUCCUGUCGCUGUCUGGGGCGAGAGCCGACUUGCCGAUGUCGUUAAAGGUACUGCACUCGCAACGAAUGCCUCAUCGAAAAUAAAAAACACAACGUCCCCUCCUCCCCAGGGAAACCAAGGCAGCAGUAGCAGCAGCAGCAACAACAACAAUAACAACUGUGAACUUAGUCAAAAAAACGUUACAGCUUCGGCAGCUGCCACUUCAGAAGUGAGCGCAGCCGCCGGACGUGAACAACAGCCUUUUUCAGCAACCGUCACAACUUCGCAGCAACAGCAGCUAAACUCAAAAGCAGCAAACGAUUCCUUUCAUGGCACUAGCAACAGCAGCGGUAGCAAUGAGUCAACCACUCUGGCCUAUACGCCCGCCAACAGCAGCAGCAGCAACAAUAACUCUAGCAAAGUAACUAAUAAUCCUCUUCCUGUGAUAAAAUGUACAACAAUUAGUACGUCUGCAAGCACCACUGCUGAUAAAUCCACAAAGACUGAUGAGUCCUUGCUACAAACGAAUGGCUUGGAAUCGACGACUACAAACCCGACGUCAGCAGCAGUAGCAGCCUCGGGCAUAGGUUCGAUGACUGGACAUAGAAAGACUGGUGUAGAAAACACCGGAACUGUUAGCUGCCCAACGACUACCAACGCUGCUACAAUGACUUCGACUGAGUACGUGAUUGUUGGCUCUGGUUCCUGCUCUUCCGCCUCUGGUGGCAACAAACAGCAGCAUACGCUGUCUGCUACUUCUUCUAUUGCAUCAUCUGUGGCUGUGACAUCUACAUCGACAAUGACUGUACCAGUAUCGUCUGCCAAAGCGAUUGCCUCUAACACUUCCAAUUCUAAGAGUGGGUACAAAAACCCGCGAUCGCCAACCACGCCUACAGCGGCUUCCAUAGCUACCGCUGCUACAUCUCCAUUCGCUGUAGCAGUAAGCUCGUCGACGACACCAGCGUUGACUGCGGGCAGUCCUCAGCCGGCAGCACCACCACCCUUCUCGCUGCAGAAUCACCCACCGCUUGGUGGCAUAACCGCUGCCGUUCCCGAACUACAGCAACAAACUCAGGUACGCCUUAGCUACGCCCAAGUCGCCCAACACCUGAAGGAGCAACAGAUGAAGGAACGUGAGCAGGAAGGAAACGGAAAAACUUUCGUUGAAAAAGAAAACAAUAACAAUCUGCAAGUAAGCAGCGGCGGUAAUAGCAGCAGCAAUGCCAUUGGUAGCAACACCACCACAAGCAACAGCAACAAGAAAAAGGAUUCACCGAUUAGCUCAAGACUGUCAACCUCGUCACAGCAUAGCAGUGAUGGGUUUAGGGAACAAAAAGAUACUCGCUAUAAUAGUGGCAACAACGUCAGCAACUCUACAAAUCCUCGCACCACCAAAGACUACCGUUCUUCGGUAGCUGCUGGAAACAGUGUCGGAACUGGAGGUGCGCUUGGGUCCACUCUGACCACCACAUCGGGUAACCCUAGUGCGGGUGCCACAGGUGCCGCUGCAGUUGGUGGUAUUGGUGGAUCUGCAAACUCCUCCGUUGGUGCCGGUCAUCGGGGGGAGACAAAUAAUAAUAACAAUAACAGUACCAGUUUGAAAUCCUCGGUCUCCGGAAGUAAUAGAACAGCACGUUCCCAUCAGUUGAAGGAUUACGUUCAACCACAACAGCAAGGCUCACGUAGUCCUAAAUGAUGACGGUUAAUUUGGAUCUAAAAGCUCGCGUUGUUUCAUUGUUUGCGAGGUUUGUAGCAAAACGCCAGGCGUGCGUGUUUAGCUGACAGGAGUGGUGAUUAGCCGUGUUUCAGGUUUAGUAUUUUUGUUAUAGUUGCGAUUUUCUCUGAUUAGUUAUUACACCACAGUGGGCAGAGCAGAGCAGAGAAAAAUCACUGAUUAAAUCUUGUUUAUUUUGAUUAAUUUUGUUAUGUUAAGCAGAGGAAUAAUUUUGGACUAUUUCUAGUGCAAACGAAAUGCAAUUAAGUACGGUUCGAGGACAGGAGUUUACACAGUGAACGAAAGGAAGCGAUUUCCUUGCGAUUUGUUACUGUUAUCACUACUACAACUACAACUACUACUAUGACUACUACAACAACUAUUACUAAUGUGGCUAGAAUAGACGAUCUCAUUUAACACCUAUUAAGUGAUUGGAUAAGAACUUGAAUGAGACGCGAAGCUUGAAUUGAUCUGUUCAUUCUCAUGACAAUUUUUAGGCAUUUUCCUGACACGAGAAAACUUUCAUCAUAACUUGCCCAUAGAAAGACGAAUACAACGCAGAGCAGCAACUAUUGCUAAUACGUAUGUUGUUCAAAACUUGCUAACUGGUUUAGGUUUUCUUUUACGUAAUAUUCUAUAUGGACUCUGUUAUAUUUGCAUUCACUUUCAGUUUGUGAAAUUAACUCGCUCUGAGAUAGAGCGUUCAACCAUAGGUUAAUUAUAUACCUGGACUCGUGUUAAAAACUACUGUUAUAACAUGAUCUGAAAACAUUAAAUAUAAAACCAUCUUUUGCUUUAUGUAAAAAACGAUUUUUUUCGCCUUCAUAAUUGCUCAAAAAUAAUUUACCCUUCAGAAGGCAAAUGAUCGAGUAUCUACUAUUAACUUUUUUGGUGUCGAUAAGACAUGUUUCAGUGUGUGUUGCUGCCAAAAACUGAACAUUUAUAUCAACCCUCUGCGUCUGUCCAAUUUUACAAUUUUCGCUCAAAACCUAAAUCUAAACUUGUUGUCACUACUCUCAACUAACACGUCUUAAAAAAACCAUCCUAGUCUUUGUUUACGUCGGAAGAAGAAAAAAAAGUAAACCUUUUUAAUCGUUAUAUUCUAUUUAUUCUCUAUCUUAACGAUGUUUAAUUUUUCAUUUGAGCAAUCAAUUUCUUAUGCGUUUAAGAAAAUGAAACAAAAAAUAAUAAUAAUACACAGCAGUUUGUUGAAAUCGUCUAAAUACUACCCAACAUUUUUCUGUUUGUUAUUUGUUGUUAAAUAUAAUUACACAUGUAUGUUUAAAAAAAUACUGUACCGCUACACGGUAGAUGCACGGCAUCGGUGGUGUUAUAGAAAUUGCAAAUUCGGUGAGCAAACAAAUAUUCCUACCUAUUUACCUAGGAUAUCUUCAUGCGCCUCAGCCUCAAGGGACAUAACACUCAAGAAGGUGUAUUAAUGAACGACAUAUAAACCAACACAGUAGCUUAAGCGAAGCUUUGCGAAGUGAGAGAGAGAGAACUCGUUGGUAGUGAUAGUGAUUUGACGACACGUUUUGAAUAAUGAAAAAGCUCCGCCGUUAAAGUGCCACUUUCGCCUACUCUAUCGGCCUCACACAACAGUUUUUGUUGAAGGCGGCAGGGGUAAUUCAGCUUGGAUGGCAAUCUUUGGAACGGUUUAAAAAAAACAAUUAUAAUACAUCGAAACUUAAUUUUGCACACGUAUAUGAUAAUAAUAAUCCUUUUAAAACGGUUUUUUCUUUCAUUUGUAGAUUUUGCGACAUGUAGUCUAUGUCGAAAGUUCAUGAUCAAACAGUUCACCCGAUUCAUUCAUAGAAACAAUUAAUAAUUUAGUGCAUUUAUUGGUUUUCAAAACAGCACGUAAACGUCUAAGAACGCCUAACGAUAGCGAAAAAUGUUUCAUACAUUUUAAAUAUGUUAGUUGGAGAAAGAGCUUAAAGUCUUAGAACCAGUAGAAUUUGAAUAUCACCUACAUUCUUAAAAUUGCACUUGAAGAAACGGAAAAAUAAUGUUUAAGCCGCCCAGCUGAAUUCCUCCUUAAGUAAGUAACAACAAUUUGUGGUAGGUAGUGUAUUUAGAAGAAAAAAAAAACGUUCUGUUUUCCUACUGUGUAUAUUUCACGGUAUUUAUUAGCAAAGUUCAUCGUCAAAAGUGUUAUGCUCCCGUCGGCUAUAUGUGCUUUUAUCAAUGUAAGCGCGUGUGCAAACAAAAAUUUAAUCUAUAAUCCAAUGACAUAGCGUGUUUGCGACUUUGUAGAGUGUGUGCGCUCGAGUUGGUGAAAAAAGGCUAUGCAAAACAAAACUAUACAAUUAAACUUCAUUUUUUAAUUUAGAUCACACUGAGCGUAGGCGAUAUAAAUUGUAUGAGAGUAUAAAACAAUCGUUGUAAUUUAUUAGAAUAACAAAUGAAUUGAAACUGCUUUCUUGCUGAGAAACAGAAAAAAGGUAUUUUCAAAUUUGAAGAAAGCAAAAAUAGGACUAACACCUUUACAAUCCGGUAUAUAAAAAACAGGACUGCACACAAAACAACCAGAAACAACCUAACCAUGCAUCGGAACCAUCGGCAAUUUUUGUCCACUUUGAAAAUAUAAACUAAAUACCUACAAACCGAAAUUUAGCAUUAUGAUCAGCAAUUCUUUUAACAUUUAGCACUUUAGGGUUCAAAACUAUACAUAAGCUGAUGUAAACAGAAUAGAAAACAAGCAUAGAUACGGUCGGCCAGUGCCAGAACGGAAAACAAGCCGAGCAUUGGUAAUCCAGGCUGAACCUUCUUCAAUAUUGCAUAGCAAUGUUGGGUAUUUGUUGGCAGAAAGAUGGCAGUGAUCCUAUACGAAAGUAGGUUUCAAUAUUCCCGAAAGUUAUGUUUUGUUAGACUUCCUUCUAACAAAGGUUUUAGAUAGUUUUACAUUAUUUUCCAAAACGGUGGUCAGUGUCUUCAGUAUUUCUGUAUCUUUAGUGGGUACAGUUGAUCAGAAUUUUCAUAUAAUUUGGUGGAAAAUUUCACGCAAACCCUAAUCGGUCUCUAACCGCUGGUUUAUUCUGCAAUCGAACCAUAGCUAACGACAACAAACAAUUUAUGUUGUGGUCUUUGUUUAACGAUAACACAUUGAUGUAAGAAUCAGUUUGAAAAUCAGCAAACUAUAUGUUAUCACAUGGGCCAAAUUGUGUAAACCAGUCAGCCCUUGAUGGUUGAUACUUAAAACAGUGUCGAAAUUUUCAUUUGAAAUAACACAAUUUAUCUUAGUUAUUUCAAUAAACGUGUUAUAGCAACACGUUUAGAUGGUCGUGCAAUGAGAAAGAAGCACUCUUCGUCAUUAGUUUUGGUCGAAGAAUUCUACUCACGAACUAAGAGUUUUGAUUUUAUAGGAAUCAGCUGCUCUAGAAUGGUAUUAUUUGGUCGAAUCUCGUAACCUCCUACAGCCGACCUGGUAUCUUUGCUUGUCGAGAUUAAUAUGUGAUUCACGGUGAGAAAAAUGGAUAUAGGUAAAAGUAAAAUAUAACCUCCGAAACAUACCAUUUUGCACCAUGAGAUAUACUGAUAGAACGCAAGCAUGUUUGUCAAACAGUUUGGUAGACAUGGCUAGCCUUCAAAAUGUUUAUCCAGGGGCUGGUGGGCAUUUCAUUUGUCUGUUUUCAACAAAUAUAGAAAAAUCUUAAUUUUAGCACCACACCAUCUUCUAACAAGAAUUAUAUUUUCACAGCAUCAAGCAAGCAGCAGCUAACCGUUAGAACGUCUUCUACUGUAUACACGAUUGGUUUUCAUUUUUUCCUUUAAGUCGCUAUUUGAUAGGAUAAAUCAAUUUACGAACAAAUAUAGAGCAAAACUAAAAUAGUAGCAAACCAAUGGUAGCACGCGUUAUGUGCAUAAAUAAAAAGGGAUGCAAGCAUGGAAAAGAAAGCUAGUUGUUAUAUAUAAUAAAAUUUAAUAAUAACUAAUCUAAAGGAUUAAAUCUAUACACAGUAAUAAAGAACGAAACGACAAAACUUAGGAACAUAGUAGGAGUAAUAAAUUGAUAAUGUACGCGCAUGGCGAAAAGGGGGGAAGGAAGUGUAGAUUCCACACAGACACACACCACUAGGACUGCGAACUUGCAGAUAAAAAUUAACGAACUGAAGAAUGCAUGAGAUACGGAAAUUGUGAGCGGGGAUUGCGUACAUUUUGUGUAAUUCCCCUAUUUAUCAUCAAAACAUUGUUUUUAUGUUUGUUUUUUGUUUCGUUUUCGUAUUCUUCGCCGUAUGUUAUUAUAAGCUCUAUAAACAUGUAUAUUAUUUAUAUUUCUUUUAUCUAAAAGUGACAAUAGGAAAGUACGUAAACGUGCUACAAAUUUUCCGAUUUCAUUAUUUGUUUUUUUUUCUGUAGUAAGCUGCUUCUCCAACUGAGUUAGUGAAUAAACGGAAAUUAUGCUAUUUCAAUUCUAUUCGGCUGCAUGCUCCUACCAGAUUCCGAAGUAUACAAUUUUAUUUAACCAAACACACAAAAGGAAAGGGAGAGGGAGUUGAAAGGUAGAAGAAGUUCUUAGAAUGUACUGCCAAUGCAAAAAAUAAAAAUAAAAAACAAAAAAAAAUACGAGAAACGAAAACUGAUAGUUCGAUGGAACACAAUGAAUGUUGAUACCGUUAUUUUCUUCCUACGUUCUUGCGAUUGUAUCUUUGCACGAGAUACUCACUUAUACACUUUGGGCUGGGAAAUACAGGAAAGCAAUCUCUUAUUACCAAAAGAUGGAGACGGAAUGGAUGAAUUAAAUUUCAGUCGUAGGUCAAGGGUGAUACCUUCGAUCACGUUUAGCAACGCCGUAUAUUGUGAGAUACAUAAUGUUCAAGGCAAGAGAGAAUAUCUAGGGAAACUAUAAGAAUAUAAGACGAAUUACCAUUUGCAAACUAUUUUUAAGGGAGACAUUAAUAUGUUUGUUUGUUUAUUUUUUUAAUUUCGCUAGGAGUUACACGAAAUAAAAAAUAUUUUGCGGAAAGAGGCAUCCGUGCUUGCUAUACGGACCGGUUGGGUGCCUCGCAUUGAAAAGCACGGGAAAGAUAAUUUGCGAAAUAUUAACAAAAGUGGGAGAAAUUUAUUAUUGGUAAAUAAAAUGUGAAACACAUACACUCUGUAAUCAGCCGUAGGUUAGCUUUGUAAAGUAAUAUUUAAAAAGAUAUCUGCAUAAUUAAUAAAAGAUAUAUGAAAGUGUAUAUUAAGAUAUAACUAUUGUAAAUUGCAGACAGUUAAAUAAACAAAAAAGGGAACCUAGUAAACCUGGUAGGAGGCAAACUAAAGGUUGAUUCGUUUGCAUAGGAAGGUACGCGGAAGCAUCGAGAAAUUGAGAAAACAUGAGACACACACUUAUCUUUAAAAUUUAAUUAAAAUAAAUCAAAAAAGUAUAUUAAUUAAAAUAAAAGAUAAGCGUAAAUGAAAAACAAAGAACCUAUUGAUUGAAUACACAAAAAUUGUUGUAAAACGAAACUAAAUGAAAAAAAGAAAAAAACCCAAAAAAUAUAGAAAAAAUAUAAGAUACAAAAAGCAACAAAAAGAGA